UCCGAGCGGAGGGCAAAAGUCCGGACUGAACGAGCGCUGCACCUGCAUCGCCAUUCGCAGUGACAACCUGAUAUGUUCGGGAUUACUGUGCCAGACUUACAUUCAACUUGAUGUCUGGUUUAGCUGAACGCGUUUCUUCUAUCAGACGGAUCGGUGGUGUGUUUCUUUCUGUGUGUUUUUGUGGCUGAUAUUGUUCGGGAUGGCGUUCCUCCUGCCAGCGCAUCACAGGCUGAUAAAAUGUGGAUUAAGCAAGAAGGAGAGACGGGCAGCAAGAGGCAUGACCAUAACAACUCACUACUGGCCCUCCAGGACCCCAAUCAUAUAGAAAAUAGAUUCAUUUCUUCCUUUUCAGAUAGUGACCUGCCUCAUUCUGGCCUAGAGAAGGACUCAAAGACUUGCUCCAUUGUUUUAGUCUAGCAACCGGGCAGAGAUGAAGAGUAUGCUAGACAAGGCAUCAGCUGUUGUAUGGUGACCGGAGACAAGACAAGAGCCUGCUUCAUGAAUGCUUGUUUCUCGGAUACAUCAGAGACCUGCAGUCAGAGAUACAACAGUGUAUCGCUUGACUAGAGAAUGAAUGGCGUGCUCGGCCUGCCACAAUGCUCAGCAUUCACACCUGUCGGGAAAGAUGCCGAUCGCUCUAAAUAUUCAAGAAAACCCACUAAACUUCAAUAGCUAACAGCAAUGUGAGCCGAAAAACAGGAGGAGGAAUGCUGUCAGGGUUCUCCUUAAGCUGAACACCUCUGUCCUUGUUUGUGGAUCACUUGCGCUCUGACAGCCAGGACAUUUUGCCUAUGAAAUAACCUUGCAGGCAUACUGAAAAAAACUAAGAGCUAAUUUGGAUACCUAACCAGCCCCAAGGCCACUACACAGACAGAUCAGCUGUUUUUUUCAUUGAUUUUAGAAAGGAAUCUUCCAAAACUUUCUAUAACAUCUCACACACUUUCAGCUGUCUGGUAGGCCUGGUUGUGUUUUUAAGGCGAUCUUAUAAAUAUACUUUCUGGAGUCUGGACUACAACUGUCGUUGACUUCUCAAAAGUGAAGAGGAAAAUCUCCAAAGGAGCCGUCGCAAAUCAAAACUGGAAGUCAGUGUAUUUUUAGAAAUGAUUUUAAGUAUAAGGGGACGAGAAGGACGAGAAGGACACAAAUAAUAAGCACAAACCCUGAGGUGAUAAAGAAUAUUUCCUUGCUAGCCUUUUUUUUCUCUCUGCACUUUGUUGAACACUCCACUGAAUGAUAAACUGCCACAUGGAGAAAGCGUCUCAUCACAGAAACCUUCUCAUUUUUUAGGGAACUCUAACCAGGUGUCCUCUCACAACUGGCAGCUUAUCUUCAUUACCCUACCAGUCGAACAUCAUGUCAGAAUUGGAGGAUUACUCUCCUCCGAGAGGGCACCCUCAUCCUGACCCAGCCCGCAUCCAGCAAAACCUCCUGGAGGAGCAGGUGGAGCUCUGGUGGUUCAGUGAGCCUCGCAAAUCCCUAUUAUGCUACUGCGCCUCGGUGGCCUUGAUCUUGGGCUGCGGCCUAGGUGGCGUUGGCCUGCUCUCCACCACCACCAGCCUGUCCAGCGAGUGGCGUUUGGGUGCAGGAACCGCUCUUUGUCUUCUCGCUCUGGCUGUCCUACUAAAGCAGCUGUUAAGCUCCGCUGUCCAAGACAUGAACUGCGUUAGAAGCAGACGACGGAUCAACAUGCUAAAGAGCGGAGGUUUGUCUGACGUCCUCAUUAUGUUGAUCACAGGAGCCUCUCUGCUUAUUUGUGGCGCUGUGCUACUGGAUAUGGCCUUGGCGUACCACAUGCCCAAACCUGGCAAGGCACUCAAUGACAUGUAUAUAUCCGGGGUGGUGAUGCUGGCAGGAGGGAGUUUUACAGUGUUUGCGGUUGGAAUUUACGCAGCAGUAGCUUUCUUCUUGGACAGGACAGGGCCGGGACAGAGACGCUGGGAGAGGACAGUGCGAGUCUUCAGUAUUUCAGCACAGAUGCAGGGGAGAAGAGAGACGGCGUCGAGUCUGGCUCGACUCAUAUAACUGUGACUGCAAAAUAAAUACAGCAGAAGUCAAACGUUUACAUACAUCUAGCAGAAUCUGCAAAAUAAGAGAGAUCAAAGAAAAUGCAUGUUCAUUUUGAUGAGAACUGACCUGAAUAAGAUAUUUCAUAUACAAAAUGCUUACAAUUAGUCCAUGUUGUGGGGUCAAAUGUUCACCGAUGCUCCAGGAUGCAUUAAGAGUUGGGGGGUGAAAACUUUUGGAAUUUGAAGAUUAGUGUAAAUUUAACUUUAGUCUGCAGUGAAACAUCUGUAGCUUUUGAAGUGCAGUACUGAAUGAAAGAAUAGAGAUAUUUAGGCACAAAUAUGAAAAAUGUAUUGUGUUCAAAUGUUUUCACCCCCCAACUCUUAGGGCUCUAUUUUAACGGUCUAGGCGCAAAGUCCAAAGCAUUAAGGGCGUGUCAGAAUUCACUUUUGCUAUUUUAAGGACGGAAAAAUCCGCUCUGCGCUGCGGCGCAUGGUCUAACAGGGUUGAGCUUAUUUUCUUAAUGAGUUAUAGGUGUGUUUUGAGAAUAAACCAAUUAUCUCCCAUUCCCUUUAAGAGUCAGUUGCGUUACGCUACGCCGCAUUUGCUAUUUACAUGGCGGACUUUGUAAGUGGAAAAACUGAGCGAUUCACUAGCGAGAAAACAGUUAAACAGACCAGAUCACUCUCUUUCAUGGAUAGGGAAAUGUGUUGUACGCACAGACAGCCAUUAGCCUACAUAAUUAAUUUAGUUUGUUAAGCACAAAGACUUGUCUCAAAACUAUUUCUAAAUUCAGUUCUAAUUUCCAGCAAACGAAUGAAUGAAAAAUAAUAACGAAGUGUGGUCAAAAAACUGAGUUAUAUCCAAACACACAUGCUAUGCCCCAUAUGGUCCAAAACCUGGCAGGUGGGCAAAUCUAAGCAUGUUUUUAUUAAAACAAAUAUAAAUAUGCAUAAAAUAAAUAAUACUACUACUAAUAAAAACAUUAUACAAAAGCAAAUUGUCAUGAAUAAACUGAAAAAGCCCCCCGAGAUGAAGGCAUGAGGGCAGUGGUUUUUAUAUUUAUGUAGAAAAUAAUAAUUUUUAUAACAUUUUAGUCCUUUAACUCUUUCAUUUGUAAAGAUAUUUGUGUAUUGCUGUACAUCUUUUGUGUAUUAAGCAAUGUGUAAGCGAGGCGCACAACUAACACGCUCUGCGCUGGACUUUAGACCUGCUCUCAGCUAGCCUAUUGUGCAGUCUAUUUUAGUUCCUCAAAAUAGCAACGCGCCAACAAUGCGCCUUAACACACCUCUUAUUUAGACUGAAACACCUAUGAGUCCACUAAGUGGCGCAAAUGGAUUUACUGUUUAAACAACGUGGCAGAAGAUGGGAAAAUUAUAGUCUGAAAAUAGCAACAUGUCAUAGUAACUCGUCUUGCGCCUUAUUGUGCCGGGUGUAUGAUAGGGCCCUUUAUGUAUUUUUGCUGUCUACGGGUAUUUGAACUUCUUUAAAAAUCAUACAGUCAUUUACGGCAGGAGUUCCCAAACUUUUCAAUACGUGACCCCUAAAAUAGCAAUUCUAGUGACUCGUGACCCCUACUGUCCUCAGAGGUGGUUAUAAAUAUACAAAUAUUGCACACACACCAAUAGGAACUAUAGACCAUUUUGAGGAAUGUAAACAAAAACAAAGGUCCCAAUGUAUUUCCUGUUUUACAUUAUUAAUUUCUAUAGCUUCCAAGAAUCCAAAAAGAGCCACAUAUUGAUAAAUAAUGUUAUGAUAGCUGUCUUAAAUUUAAGUUAUGAUUUAAUUGCCUCUUGUUACAGUUAUGAAAUAGUUUGAUAACAAGCAGUAAAUGUUUACUGGCCAAUGACAUCACAACAUUGAAAUAGUCUAUAUCAGUGUUUCCCAAACCUGUUCCUGGAGGCACACCAACAGAACAUAUUUUGGAUGUCUCCCUUAUCUCACCCAUUCACUUCAGGUUUUGGAGUCUCUUCUACUGUUCUGGUGAGUUGAUUCAGGUGUGUUGGAUCAGGGAGAGCUUGAAAAUGUGUACUGUUGGUGUGCCUUCAGGAACAGGGUUGGGAAACACUGGUCUAUAUAAACACAAACAUAUUGACACAAAAAAAGUGCAACAAUCUAACAACCAUAUACUUUUUUACAGUCAUAAUUAAUUUGUUUAAUUUAAUAUUAACCUCACUUAAUGAGAAUGGUGGGCACAAUGUUUAUAGCAGCACAAAAUGGCCGCCACUUGGAAAUCAUCCUCCAUGUUCAGUCGUGGCCUUUAUUUUUAAUACUGUAAAGGUCUCAAAGUUUAACAUUGUGCCGUAAAAUCAACCUGCUACAACUAAAGCUAGUGCAGUGUUGUUAAUCUAGCAUGAUAACCCCAGGGGUCACAAUCCAAUGGAAAAAAAAGAAAGGCUGAUGGCUUUUUAUUUGCAUGUUGUUGUUUUUUAUGAAACUAUUAAAUACUUUUUAUAUUAUACAAUUUAACUGGACUAGAACAUCUAUGUCAAGCGGCUUUGACACAAUUUACAUUGUAAAAGCACUAAAUAAAUAAACAUGAAUUCAAUUGAAAUACUAUUGUUAUCUUCUGUAGGUUAUGGAUAAAAUAUGGUAAUUCAAAUAGUUUAUUAACAUACAUAAGAUAAAAGUUACAUGGCCACAAUGACCUGACCCCCACUUUGGGAACCACUGACUUAUGGAAUAAGUUAAAAUACACAAGAGAUGCUGAAAAACCAAAGAAUAUUUAGGACCUGAAGGAUUUUUUUGCAACUAAUUAUUAACAAAAAAAUUAAAUGUAGGAAAAUUUUGCUAGGUCAUUUUUGUCAUUAAUUCUCUUAUUCAGAGCAGGACUAAAUAAAAGAUAAAAUGCAUUUUGUAUGAUCCCUCUUAUUUUGCUAAAUAUUACUUUAAAUGUAAAUAAUAAACACUUCAGAUUCUGCAAGGUGUUUGUAAAAGUUUGCCUUCAACUGUAUGCUAUUCUUGAGCUAAAAUCUUAAACUAAGGCACAAAUCACGUGGGACAUUUACAAUAGCAUUUCACAAACAAACUGAUUCACAUUUUGGCUCAAGGAUUCAGGCAUUAAACCUUUUAAAGCACAAACGUUUAGCUUUUUACAUGAUUCACACCAGUGAAGUACAGUUAAAAGUACUGAAAAAGCACAAAAACAAGCUAAUUGAUCGUAAAGCUAAUUGAUUUUAGGUGAAACAUGCUGCUUUCUCUUCAAUAGCCUCAAUGUGUGUGUCCUUGACUGCUUUAUUUAUGCAGGCAAUGGUGGGCAUAGCGAACGGCUGUCCAUCUGGAGAUGGUUUUCAGCACCUUUGAUAUUUGUGUGAGAGAGCAAACUGACCGCCUGUGUCAGUUUGCAUGUCUGUGAUUUACAUGUACACUACAACUUGUGCAGGUGACACUGUGGAUCAAAUAAAUGAUCAGAAUGUGAAUCUAAA